ACAUCAAGAAUCAAUCGACCAUACCCAUAGUACAAUCCACGACAAUAAACCACAAGUACCGCCACCAUUACCUGAAUUGGAAUGUCAACAACAACUUUUGAGGAAUAUUUCAUAUUUAAUA